AUGGAUUCCCUUCAAUCCAAUUUGUUUCCGGACUUCUACCAACCCGAAUACAACCUCAAUCAGCAACACCACCACCUACAGAACCAGAACCUGCAUCCGCAGAAUUACUACUCAAAUAACUUAUACCCCCUGCACCAGCAGGAAAACGCAAGCCGGUUUGCCUCGUCCUUAUCCUCUGGUUCAUCUACCACAACAUCAGCGCAGGCAUCCUUGUUCCCCACAUAUACGAAUUCAACAUCCUGUCUACUCCCGUCCUCGCCACCACCACAACCACCACAAUCUCAACUACCCUUAUCUCUAUCGCGUAGAGGUUCCGCUUGCAGCACAAGCUCGACUGGAAACGAGGUUACAGCAACCGCAGAGCCAGAGGACUUCCCUAGAGCUCGUUUGACGCGCGAUCAGGUCCUAGCAUUGGAGAGGCAGUUCUCAGAAACACCGAAGCCUAAUACGAAGGUUCGAAGGCUGUUGGCUGAGAGUACCGGGCUUUCCACACAGCGUGUUGGGAAUUGGUUCCAGAAUCGGCGUGCAAAGGCAAAACUACAAAAGAGACAGGAGGAACUGCAUACCAGGCAAAUUCUCGAAUCGGCUGGCCGACGGCGAGUAACGGAGCCGUCAUCCCCGGUGUCUUUCAACCCUUCGCGCUCAGCGACGUAUUACCAGGCAGGUAGUUCAAACAGUGCUACAACAACCAAUAUCACUGCAACUGCAAACUCAAAACCAAGACGAACAAAGUCAACCACUGAACUACCAAAAACACCAGCUUCACGUUUCCAGGGCUCAAUGAAUUCCUCACCGUACGAGUCGCCCGCUGAGGCAAGCUAUGCAUCUCUGGAGCGCUCUCUUGCCCAGGCUGCAGCUGCUACUGCGCGCGCAAAUUCCAUGGGAGGUUUGCGUGAUUUGUAUGGGACAUCUGCCCAUCUAUACCUCAACGAAUCUCUAGAAAACUCCUUCUCCCAGGGCUUGGAUGGCACUCAGAGCCCAUGGCCUACAUCCCACUUCUCAGAUUAUGGCUCCAGUAAUGCGACGCCAUUAUACACACCCACGCCUGCGGGCCAACUUGAGGAUCCCUUUGAAUAUGAUGGAUUAACCCAGGCAUCAGGGACCUCCCAGCACAGCCUACCCCAUACAUCUGCAUUCGGUCAAUAUGACUACCCUGCUGAGGACUAUGCCGCCUUCGCAGCAGCAAUUCAGAUGAACACCAUGUCAAAUACCUUUGCCCUGCCAUCCGCCCCACCAGGAAGGUUUGUUAGAGAGAAGCAAACCAACCCUUGGGAGGAGCCAGAGCCCUGCUACCAGAACCCCAUGCGCCGUGACUCCUGCCCUGGGGAAUUCAUUGAGGCCUUUGGAUCUGUCGAGAUCAAGCAAGAGCCCUUCGCACCAGAGCCCAUCCAAUCCGAGUCUCAAGCCUCUCUCGCCGCCCGGCGCCGAGGCCCUAGGCCAACACCACUCGGCUCUGCCAGUCUCCACCGCCGUGGCUCCGUGACAUUGCCCCAAUCCGCAAAGGAGCCGAAAACAGCUCAUUUGUCACAGCCCGCCACACCCAUGCGGAGGAUCAAGUCCACCGGCGCAAGCCUGAACAAGCGCGGCGGCGGAGUGACGAAGGGAUCUCCACCAUCGUCACCAUUCGCAUUCAAGAGACUUGCAGGAUACAACUUCCACGACGAGAACUACACCAUGGACGGCGCUACAAUCCGGCCUCGUACAUCGGGCUCGUUCUCAGGAUCGAGCUAUGUUCCGCUAUCACAGCUCUUCUCCCAGUCUGGUGCCGCACCGCCAACACCGGUUUCCCCGGCCGACUCUGAGAAGCAGGAAGGAUCGGGACAGCAGGCGGCCAUGGAGGCCGUGGCGAUCAAGUUCGACCGCUCAGAGAGUCAGAUGUCGCCGCCGCAUACCCCUUGUAACAAUAACACUGUCGACGAGGAGGACGAGGAGGAGCUGGCAGAGGAUGGGUCUGAAGAUGAGGAUAGACCAGAGGAUAUCACGCCGCGCAUUGGAUACCCAGCGUCGUCGCCUAGUUGUAGUGCUCAGGAUCUGUCGUCAGUUCCGAGAGAUUUCUAUGGGAAGGAUACGACGAUGGUGGACUUGUUCACGUAUAGUAUGCAGUCGGCGGCGGCGGAGGAGGCGAUGUUGGCUGGUGGAAAUGCCGCGGGAUUGUUUGCGAGGGAGGAUGCGUUCCCAUUUGAGAGGUACUUGUCGAAGCCAGCGACGGCGCGCGCCGGCGAAAAUGUGUUUUAG